UUCCAACUUAAAAUUCGGUAGUAAAUUGAAAUUUAACGGAUAAAUCUUGGAUUUUCCGUUGCCCCUUUGAAACUUCGAACCCUCAAAACUUUCCCUCUCAGAAGCGCUGCAACUCAAUCGCACAUAACGGAUUCUCAUGGGCGUAAAGAACUUGUGGGAUAUACUAGAAUCCUGCAAGAAAACUCUUCCGCUUCACCACCUCCAGAACAAGAGAGUAUGCAUAGAUCUCUCUUGUUGGAUGGUUCAACUUCAGAACGUCAACAAAUCACGCUGUGCAAUCAAGGAGAAGGUCUACCUCAGAGGCCUCUUUCACCGACUCAGGGCUCUCAUCGCUUUGAACUGUAGCCUUAUCUUCGUCGCUGAUGGAUCAGUUCCUGCUAUCAAAGUAUCUACAUACAGACGCCGAUUGAAUUCAGGAUGUGAAGUUGCUCAGGAUGAAACAAAUGCUCAAAAUUUGGCUUCGCUUCGAAGAAAUAUGGGAUCUGAGUUCUCAUGCAUGAUUAGAGAAGCAAAAAUCCUUGGAUUAGCACUUGGGAUCCCUUGUUUAGAUGGGAUUGAGGAAGCUGAAGCACAAUGUGCAUUGUUAAACUCAGAAUCAUUAUGUGAUGGUUGUUUCACUUCAGAUUCAGAUGUUUUCCUCUUUGGCGCAAGGACUGUUUUUAGAGACAUUUGCCUUGGAGAAGGAGGUCAUAUCGUUUGUUAUGAAAUGGAAGACAUAGAGGAAAGACUUGGGUUUGGAAGAAACUCAUUGAUUACUCUAGCCCUUCUUCUUGGUAGCGAUUAUUCUCGGGGAGUUCACGGCUGCGGCCCAGAGUCAGCUUGUCAUAUUGUUAAAUCAAUUGGAGACAAUGUUGUCCUUCAACAAGUUGCAUCAGAGGGAAUGUCCUUUGCAAAGAAGCCAAAAGGUCAACGAAAACAUGCACAGCCUAAUGCAGAUGGAAGUGAUCAUAUCUCACAAAAGGGAUCUCAGUUUUUGCAAGUGAUUGAUGCAUAUGUGAAUCCCAAGUGCCACUCGGCAGAUUCUGAUGCGGUUCAUAGGGCUCUUGUACAACACCCUUUUCAACGUACCAAACUUCAGCAGAUAUGUGACCAGUUCUUUGGGUGGCCACCUAAGAAGACAGAUGAAUACAUCCUUCCUAAGAUUGCCGAAAGAGAUUUAAGGCGAUUUGCCAAUUUGCGUGCAACUUCAUCAGGGUUAGGAGUUAAGCUUCCACUAGACAAGACGCCAGUUGAGUGUCCCGUUUCAGAAAUUGUGAAACACAGAAAAGUUCAGGGUAGAGAAUCCUUUGAGGUGUUGUGGAAAGAGUUGGAUGGACUGGCAACCUCUAUAGUUCCAGCAGAUCUUGUAGAGAGUGCUUGCCCUGAAAAGAUUGUGGAUUUUGAGGAAAAAAGAGCUCUAGGGAAGAAACAAAACCGUUGCAAACCAAGACGAAAUAAAUCAGAACUAAGAUCGGUUGCUGAUAUUGAGUUUAAACUUGAAAGUCUGUUGCUUGACAUCGAAUUGGGAAGCAAUACUGCUUGUAGUUUGCCAUUUCCCUGCAGAGCACUUGUACCAGGAAGCAAGACCUCUGUUGUAGAAGUUGAUUAUAUGAAGAAAGAUCUUCCACUUGAUGCAAAUUCAGAGAUAAAUACCUAUUACAAUCCUAGCAUCCCUUGUUUUCGAACUGUUUCAAAUACCGACAGAAGUGAGGUCAUUGAUCUCUCGAGUCCCUCGCCACUGAUGCAUUUCCGAACUACUUCCAGGCCUGAACAAAAGAGGAGUCAAACCGUUAAUGUGAUAGACUUGAGUGAUUCAGAAGCAGACAUGUCCCCUGAACAUGAGAGGAAGGCUAGAGAGCUUAGAUUGUUCCUAGCCAGCUUGAAGGAUGGCAUCCCUUAGUUUACCUUCAUAGAAACUACGUCAAAAGAUGCUUGUGAUGUAUUUAUUGUUGUAAAUUGUAACGUGCCACUAUGUUGUAACUCUCUCCUGCUGCUUGUUCAGCUGCUGCGUUCAUCAACAUCUAUGACAAGGAUAGGGAAUCAAGAACUCUAUUUUUUUU